ACAUUUUCGUUUCCUAUGAUUGUACUGGCUAUAUGUACUUCAUGCCUUGGUGAUUUGUUGCCUUGUCGUUGGUGCCACCUGGUGGACUUGUUCUGUCCACUACAUGACAGUUUGCCAGGUGUUGUUUGAUGUUGUUUUUAAGCUCGUUGUUUUGCAAUUUCCCACGUGUUUAGUAUAUGAGACUAAGCAACUGAGUACGUGUUGGUGGAUUUACUGUUUUUGGCUCACAUGGGUGCCAUAUAAUUACGAUGCCUAUACCUUCCUUUGGCAUUAACCUUGUUCCCUUAUUUGUUAACACACUAGCAAUCACUAUUUGUGUGUAACUUUCGAGUUUAUGUCCUUGUUGAUAUGAGGUGUGUGACCUGUCGUGGUGCCGCAGUACGACUCUUUUUUUCACCAGUAGCAUCUUAUUUAUCGCCAUGCUUGACAAUUUCUUGAGGUCGGUCCCUUUGGCCGACCGUGACCCUGUGGGUUACAUGAUUCAGACUUAUUUUCCUCCUCGUGUGUUACUUUACAUAGCAUCUACCUUUAUUCAUGUAUUUUUGGCUAUUUACAGCUCUGUCCAUGACACAGUGUUUGAGGUCAAGUACACUGACGUUGAUUAUAAUGUCUUUACUGAUGCAGCUCGUCUAUUGCUCAAGGGUGAAUCUGUAUACGACCGUCAUACAUAUCGCUACACACCCUUGCUUGCAUUAUUAGUUACUCCUAACGUCUUCCUUCACCGUUCUUUUGGGAAGUUGUUAUUUUCUGUUUUUGACCUUCUUGCUGGUUACAUGUUGGAAGGUCUUUUGGAGUACAAGAGCAACUACUUACUUUCUUUAUGGCUAUUGAAUCCAUUUGUAAUAAUCAUUUCUACUCGGGGCAAUGCUGACUGCAUCAUAUGCUUUUUGGUUAUCGCUACUCUUUACUUCGUUCGUCGUGGUCAGAUUGUCUAUGGUGCCAUAUUCUACGGUCUUGCUGUACACUUCAAGAUAUAUCCCGUGAUAUAUGCACUUCCUUUUGUGCUAUACUUUUCCCUUGGUGACAUGAACAUCAGCAAAGGCAAGUGUUCUCUUUUAACGAAGAUUUGGAAUGUCAUAUCGAGCUUUGUGAACCACAACCUGUUUGUAUUUGGUACUGUGAGCAUUUCUGUCCUUUUAUUGUGCACCAUUGUUUCUUACUAUUGCUUCGGUGAUGACUUCCUUUAUGAGUCUCUUUUGUACCAUUACGUGCGCAAGGACCAUAGGCAUAACUUUUCUAUAUUCUUCAAUUUGAUGUAUCAUUUGGUUGACUCUGAUAAGAAGAUUAACAAUAUUUUGACCUUUAUUCCGCAAUUCGUUUGCCUAUUUAGUUACGGUUUAUUGGGUCACCGUGACCUUGAGUUGUCUAUGUUUCUACAGACUGUAUCUUUCGUUGCAUUGAACAAGGUUAUCACAUGUCAAUACCAUCUUUGGUGGAUGUGUCUGCUUCCGUUGGUUUUGUCUAAGCAUGUGUUUUCACGUGGCGCAUUGCUUGUGCAGCGUGUUGCUAUAUUUGCUUUUGUGGUAGCUAAUGCCGCUUGGCUUUUCUAUGCGUAUGGCCUUGAGAUGAAGGGUUACAACACUUACAAUAUGCUUUUAUUUUGUUCCGUUGCUUUUGUGGUAUCGCAGAUGUCGAUGGGUUGGUUAUUCCUGCGUCAGCGUGUAUCAAAAUUGUCCGUGGAGGGUGAAUCGCAGCAACAUUAGUUUUUUCUACGUUGGAUAACUG